AUGAGUGGAGGGUCGCUUGUCACCAGCCCCUCCAGGUUCCAGCCCAGUGGCAAGACAAUGUCCAGACUCCCAGACCCCCCAAUACGUAGCAUCCGACCCUUCAAGUCCAGUGAGCAGUACCUCGAGGCAAUGAAAGAGGACCUGGCUGACUGGCUCAGGAAUCUCUACGACCUCGAUAUUGACUCAGCCAACUUCCUGGAGAUGCUGGAGACCGGCCAGUUGUUGUGCCAACAUGCCAAUGCAGUCACUCAAGCUGCCCAGGACUUUUUGGCCAAGUCUCCAGCAUUGGCCAAGAGAAUUUUGCUGCCCAGUUCUGGGGUUUGCUGCAAUGGGACAGCUCAGCCAGGUACUUUUCAGGCUCGGGACAAUGUCUCCAACUUCAUCCAGUGGUGCCGGAAGGAGAUGGGCAUCAAAGAGGUUCUGAUGUUUGAAACAGAGGACCUGGUGCUUAGGAAGAAUGAAAAACACGUGGUCUUGUGCCUGCUGGAGCUAGGGCGGCGAGCCUGGAGGUUUGGGGUGGCAGCACCCACCCUGGUGCAUCUGGAGGAGGAAAUUGAAGAAGAAUUGCGACAGGAGCUGGCCCUGCCUCCUCCUGACCCUCCUCCACCAUCUCCCCCUGCCCGCAAAGCCUGCCAUUUCAAAAACUUGGACCAAAUGGUGCAAAACCUGGUGAGUCACUGUACCUGCCCUGUUCAGUUCUCCAUGGUCAAGGUGUCGGAGGGAAAAUACAGAGUGGGGGAUUCCAACACACUCAUCUUUGUCCGGAUCUUAAGAAAUCACGUGAUGGUUCGAGUAGGAGGUGGCUGGGACACACUAAGCCAUUACUUGGAUAAGCAUGACCCCUGCCGAUGUACCUCUCUCUCUCACAAGGUGGGCAACCCCCAGAAGCCACAGAUUCCCCCAGUACAGCAUGAGGUGAGGGUGCAAGGGGGCUCCACACAGCCUCAGCCCAUUCUGACCAUCAGCCGUUCCCAGAGUCCUCUGCCCCCAGUGGCUUGGAAGACAUACACACCUCCAGGUCGAAAGCUGAGACCUCCCACCUCCUGCUCCCCAAAACCUCACAAUAGGUGGGGGGCAGGGGUGGAGUCUCCAGGAGAGACAGCUACCAUUCAAAGGAGCCAAGAAAGACCAGCCACCCCAUCCUACUGGCUGUCGACAGCUGGAGAUGGAGACUCCAAAUCCCAGCCCUCACUCACACGAAUCCCAUCUUGUCAGCAGUCUCCAGCUGGAGAUGUAUCCCUGAAACCCCAGUCUUCAAUCAUGCAAACUGGCCAGGAUUUGCACCGAGUUCCUUUAGGACAAUGGAAAGACAGAUGCUCCCCUGAGGUUUCCAGGGGAGGAACCCCUCCCCAUUGGAGCCAGGGAAGCGAGGUCACUGAUUCUACUCUCCAGAAGGUUUCAGACCCUGAGGUGGCUCCUAAGGAACCACUGGGAAGAGUGAUGUCUACCCUGCCUUGUUCCUCCAAUCUAUCCAAGUCCUUUACCCUCAAGCAACCCCUUCUGGGAACCGGGAAGCCUUCCCAGGAUCAGGCCAAAGGAGCCAUUGCCUCCCAGCUUAAGAACAAUGGAUCUGUUCAAUCCUCUUCUCCAAUUAAAGGAGUCACCAAGAUUCCAGUCUGUUCAGGUCCCAGUUGCCCACAAACACCAGAGAAGAAUCCCUCAGAAUCCAGAAAUGGAAUCUCAGGUCCAGCAACAGAGGCAGGAAGAGACCCCACCACCAUAAGGAUCAGAGCUGAAGGAAAAAACACCCCUCAACCCCAAAAUGGAAGCCAGUCCCUAGAGGUGAGCUCAGGAGGCCAGGAUCAGACACUGAGAACUGUGACAGAGGCUGGAAGAGACAAUUCACCCAGGCAUCAGCAUGGAAGACAGACAUUCACCACUCUGCCCAUUGACAAGACCGAGGAACAGGCAUUGUACCAGAACCUGGAAGAUGAAAUCUUGACCAAUAUCAAGAUUCUAGAAGCCAGAGGGCCCCCCCGAGGAGUGACUCCCUGCCCCUCAGAGCCCCUAGAAAUGCACAUUCCUCGUAGUGGUGUAUAUAUCCCUCACCCUGGGACACGGUGGCCAGUGCCUGGGACUUCUUAUGAUAGUGUCAUCCAAGAGUUGGCCCUCGAGCCCCCAGCCCUCGUCAAGGUGGACAUGGGUGGCUGGGGGAUCCCCGAUAUGCAGACUUCUGAGCUAAAUACACCCCUAAGCAAGUGUGAUUCCAAGGGAAAGUUGAGCCUGGAUGAAGAUGAGAGGAGGAGGAAGGCUGGUAUGGGGGUCAGAGAUACAAAAGUAAAAAGGACACCCUCUCUAGGAGAGCAGGGAGGCCAGUCCAGGGCUCCACUCCCUGAGGCCAAUGGCAAUGAAGUACCUCAACCAGUGGAUGUCCCUGACUCGGAAAAGCCCAAGACAACCACAGGGAAAGGCAGGAGGAUGUUGAAGAAACCAGAAAGGAUCCCAUCCAUCUAUAAACUAAAGCUGAGGCCCAAGAUCCGACCUCGUCGAGACCACCGGCCAGAAAAGCGGCCCUCCCGGAUUCCCACUCCCUUGGCCUACCGCCAGAGCCAAGCCAAGGUGCCUCCUACUACCUCUAAGUUAAGUAGUCGGCUGGGCAGUGCAGGAGAUGGGGGUUCAGUGGAGGAGGAAGAGAUCUCCCCAUCAGAGGUCAGCAUUGGCCCAUCCACUGAAAGCCUGGGAUCACAGCCUGCUGGUCCAUCCUGGCUCCCACAGGAAGAUGAAGAGUCUUGGGUCUGA